UUUUACUAAAGUUGCUAUUUUUAACUUGUGUGUAAUAUGCUUUGGACUAUAUUUUUACUUGCAAAGUAUAGGAACAAGUCUUAUAUAUAUUGGAAAAUUAUAUUUGUCAGAUAUUUAAUAUAAGUGUAUAAGAAGUGCAUUAUCUAUACGUCUUUCGUAUACCACGAAACGAAGCUAAUUUGACAAUUUGUUUUUUUGUGCCAUUUGUAAAGUGUUCGGCUGGCGCGGGCAGUGUGAAUUUAAAAAAAUUGACGAUAUUGGCGUUUGACUGCUUCAAAGAGAAAAUAUAGUUGGAUAAAUCAUUGUACAUCUUGUUCUUUUUGGAGAAUCGGCAACAAUUUGUUAACAUCAGUUUGCACCAUCACAGAAUUAUGGAUGUAGUGGAACAUGAUAUCCUUAUGUCUGCAAAAAGAGCUAAGAAGAAGCUGAGCAAGAUCAUCGAUCUAGUGAAUUCAGAUAUACGGAAGGGUUUCCUUGGUGUUGUUCUAAAUGUUCGAAAAAGGAAAAUAUUGGCCCUAAAACUGCUAAGACACUGCAAGUUGCGGCAGUUAUUUGUUCCAGUACUGGAAUCAAAAUAUGUUUUGUUGGACAUUUUUUGUGGUCUUCUUUGCACUGUAAAUGAAUUGCCAAGAACAAAUUUAGCUAGGCAAGGUUUGAAAUUAGAGAAAUUUGUCAGAUGUGCUCAGAUUCUGCAAAAGAAACCACAACUGAUAUCUGACUUAUAUUGCUUACAAGCGGAAGUUCGCAAAUUGACAAUAAGGAAAUUGCGAGAAGAAUUGGCAAUCAAAUUUAACGAUGUUCAACGCCGACUGAACCGUUCAACUGGUGGGAGGAAAAAGAAAUAAUUUUUUUCUAUUGC